AUGCCGGAGUCCACAAUGAUGAAGAAGAGCUAUCUGAGAACCAAGAUGAAUUCUCAAGCCCAAGGAUCUAAGUGCAAUAAUGAUGACAUGCCUUCAUCAAAAAGGAUAAAUGUUUCAAAUGCUAAUAGGGCCAUGGAAAUACCUGUUGAUGAGAUUGGCAAGGAAAGGUUCUAUGAUGAAGAUAAAAGAAAUGCCCUGCAAAUCGAAGGCCAGAAAGAGAAAAAGAAAAUCAACAAAGGUGAAGAUCGAACUACCUGUCAAAAAGGGAAAGAUGAGAAGAUAGGGGAGAUAUGUAAAGAUUCUGACUCCAAUGAUCAAAGAUCUUGA